GUACUAGGGCGGGCCUUUUGUGUGUCGCUGCUACAGGGAUACCAAGAUGGAAAUUCAGGGGCUAUCUGAUGCCCAAAACAUCCACUCUCAACAUGGCGCCCUACAUGGAUCCACUUCGUCCCCUCUACGCUCGGCGGCAGGACCGAGAGCUCAGCUGGAUCAGUGUGAACCACACAGAGACAACAACAACAACACCAGGCCGAGGACGUCUGCGUUUCGCCUGCUGGCGGAAAAUGGCAGCGGGACGGGGUUUGAGCCUUCUAGCAAACCGCAGCCGACGAACAGAGCGCACGCACCGGGUCCCAAACAAAGCACCGGCCUCCAUAACGUGAACACUGAGAAAGAAAACGAGCUCAACGCCCUACUCGGUUCCCACGAGUCCGUCAGAAAUACCUGGAGACUCGGUGUGGAGAGUGUGGACUGCGGAAUGCAAAUGGCGCUGCCUCUGUUUGAAGGGGAAGAGGAACCGGAGCAGCAGCGGCAGCUAGCAUUACCAUUUCCAGGUUUACGGCAGCAGCAGCGUCAGGACGGCGCCUUCAAGCAGCCUCCACUGGGCAGCCGAGUCUCCGCGGCGCCGGAGAGCUUCGGCGGGGCGGACAGGACCACCCCGGAGUUAUAUGUGGUUGUUAACGUGCUUCAAGAGGAUGGCGACGGCGAGCAGAGCAACCCCAGGGCGGAUGUACCAUGUAUGGGCGGCGGUAAAGUGAAGGGUAAGAAGCAGGAGUGGUGCAAAGCGCGUCCCUUCAUGGAGGUGGGGAACGGGAGCAACCUUCUUGUCUGCGAGCCCGGCGACAGCCUGAACUGUGUGGACAUACAGGCCGUCAGUAAAACGGAGCAUGUUUUCAAUGUGCUGAACAGUAACUGUGCCGCUGUGUGCGCUAGACAGACUGCGUGUCACCGCACCGUCGAGGACGUAGUUCUGACAAACAAAUAUGGCGAUAAGAUAUGUGGGCAGAUUUGCACAGAAAACGAUGGAGGUAAACUGGCGCUUUCUCCGCAGUCCCGUGUCGACGAGAGCAGUGCCUUGAUCUCAGGGAGCUCGGGCAUCGCGGAAGCCAUGGACUUUAUUUCAGGCUCAUCGGGGCUGCAGGGCGAUGCAGAUCCCGGCACGGCCUCCUCGAGUCCGCCUGCCAGCGAAACCUUUUCCGGAACUAUUAUGAUAAACAACCAAAGCAUCGUAGUGACCAUAGAAAACGGGAUCCUGACUUUGGCGGCCCCACCAGAGGGUCAUGUGCACAAAGAGGAUGACAUGGUGAGCUUGAAGGAGCAUCUGGGCAUGAAAGACCAUGAGGAUAUUGUUCUUCUCAACUAUGAAAGUGGCACUAAAUCCAUCGGGAAGAUCAGCACAUUAGCAGUAUCCAGUCAGCAGGAAGAGCCCAGAGCUGGUAUGUCAGUGAGUGACUCUGAGCUGGCUCUGGCGGAUGACUGCUCACUAUCGGAGCUGGGCACUUCCCUGGACUCCUGCGCCAUCAUCAAGCAAGAGUCAGGGAUCCUCUGUGCAGUGACAGAGGCUGAUCUGGUCACCCCAGCCCCCAGAUUAACAGUGGCAGGCUGUGACAGCGAGGACUUCCAUGCUGUGCCACCAGUCCGGUCCAAGAAAGAGACAGUGUCAUCUUUCUGCUGCCCAGAGCCAGGCUGCUCCAGCACAUUUGACACACGUCAGAAACUCAAGGUUCACCUCCUGAACCAUGCAGAGGAUCCUCGCCCCCACCAGUGCAUUGUAGAGGGCUGUGGCUGGGCGUUUGCUACCUCUUACAAGCUCAAGCGACAUCUUCAGUCCCAUGACAAGCAGCGGCCACAUACCUGCCAGUUUGAAGGCUGUGGGCGGCGUUUCACCACCGUGUACAACCUUAAGGCUCACGUCAAAGUGCACGAGCAUGAUAAUUCCUUCAUCUGUGAGAUCUGCAGUGAGAGGUUUCGCAGCGCUGCACGACUCACCAAUCACCAGAGGGUCCACUUCGAGCCGCAGAGGCCGCACAAGUGUGAAUUCCCAGGCUGUGAGAAAACGUUCAUCACCUUCAGUGCCCUCUUCUCCCAUAAUCGCACUCACUUCAGAGAAACAGGCCACUUCACCUGCACCUACCCAGGCUGCGAUAAGACAUACGACAAGGCCUGUCGCCUCAAGAUCCACAUGAGGAGUCACACGGGUGAGAGGCCGUUUGUCUGCGACUCUGAGGGCUGUGCUUGGUCUUUCACCAGCAUGUCCAAGUUACUGCGACACAAACGGAAACAUGAUGAUGACCGUCGCUUUGUCUGCACGGAGGAGGGCUGUGGCAAGUCCUUUACCCGGGCGGAGCACCUCAAGGGUCACAGUAUCACCCAUCUGGGCACCAAGCCCUUCCACUGCCAUGCAGAAGGCUGUAAUGCAAAGUUCUCAGCACGCAGCAGCCUGUACAUCCACUCCAAGAAGCAUAAGCAAGACAGCAGCACCCUGAGGACCCGCUGUCCUGUGGCCAACUGCUCCAAGCACUUCUCCUCCCGCAGCAGUCUUAAGAGUCACAUGCUCAAACACCACCACCUCAGCCCUGAUGUUUUGAGCCAAAUGGAGACCACGCCCACCUUGACCCCCAGUAGCGAGCUCAUCAGCUCCACCUCAACAACAGUUGCUGGGCCUUGUAUUGCCGGGGGCGACCAGUUGACCCACUUGGACCUCAGCUCUCUUUUCUCCGCUGUGCCCGGAGGCACUGCACCCACCAAUGGUAUUGGACUGGGAAUUCCUGUCGGCAGUAGCGGCUCGAACGGCACCUUCACAAUGGACCUCUCACUGGUCAGCUCAGGCAUCCUGGCCAUAGACCCCUCCUCAGUUGGGGCCAAUCUUUGUACCAGCUCUAGCACUGCCAUGGCCAAGACUGUGGAACCUCUUAUUUUAACAGCCAGUGCUGACAUGGCCCCCCACCAUAGUCUGGAGGGAACAGUUGGCACUGUCCUGCCCCCACAGGGCACCCUAAACCUAGAUGAUGUGCAGACAGUUACCCCAGAGGCCCUAGGAACCCUCACAGCUCUUACCAUGCAGGGUGCUGGAUCCUCUUUGGACCCCACUCUGCACCACCCACUCAGCUCCUCCAGCGCCCUGAGCGUGGAGGCCCCAGCUACCCUGGCCGUGGCUCCUGUUGCUGAGCUGCUGACCUCACCCUCUACCGUGGUUGAGGUUGGUGGUCAGGGGGGAACAGGACCACUGCUGGGCUGUGCGGAGGUGUUGGGGCCUCCAGAAGGAGGAAAAGUCCUCACCCAGUUUGUUUUCCCUACUCACAGCAGCAACUUCAGCCCUCAGAAAGACCCAGAACUCAACGCUGUGUCACCAAGCAGCUUCCUUGAGAGUGGUGGUUCAGCCAGGACUGACUAUAGAGCCAUCCAGCUGGCCAAGAAGAAGAAGAAACAAAGAGGCCCAUCAGCCUCCUCUGGCACCUCAGGGUUGUGUCAAAGAAAAACCAAAGGAUCUAAGGCAGCUAUUGCUCCUGGAUCCCUGGCUCCCUCUGGUGCUUGUUACGGUGAGGGAGCUGCAGCAGCCAAUGGGGGCCUGACUCUGCGAGACCCAGUCACAGGGGCCCAGUAUGUCCAGAUUCAGCUGCUGCAGGAUGACCCAGCCAGUGAUGGAGAUCUGGCCUUUCAGCUAAGUUCUCAGCCCUCCAGCUCCCACUCUCAGCUCACUGUCGACCUGCCUGUCAACAUUUUACAGGAACCGUCAGUGAUGGCUGAGGAUGACAACGGUUCAGACAACUCCCAGUUCACAGGAAGCACAAUCAACCUGCAGGACCUGGAGUGAGCAGUAGAGCUGCCAGUCAGAGUUCUCUCUGGCUCCUCAUCACUGUCCACAGUUUACGUCAACACACCUGAGAUAUUUGUCUCCAUCAAACAGUUGGCCCUUGUUUUGCCAGGACUUUAAAAGCCUUUUGGACAUGGUCGAUAUGUUAGAGGGAGGGGGUGGACAUGAUGUCACAGAUAAUGCACCUUGAGAAGAGAAUUUGAAGAUUCUUUGUUCAGAAGUUUAUUAUGAUAGUGUUUGUUUCUAAAGUCCAGUUUUCUACCAAAAUCAGGCCUGAGAGCACUGACAUGUCAGUGGCUCCUACUGCUCUGUCCUGUGGGUGUUCGUAGCUUCGGUGUCUAUUCCAUGGUGCCACAUUGCCACUCAUGCACACUCAGUGUGCCGUCUACGCUCCAGUUGCCUUACAGACGCCUCACGCCGUGCACACCUCCACCGGAAGGUUACCUGCUUUAUUUGGUGCCAUUUCAAUCUCAAGUUUUGUUGGAUUUAUUUUUCUAUGUUGGUAGUAGGUUAAUGUUGAAAACAUGUCUAUUUACAUUAUAUAAUAAGUUGAUACCUUUCUGUAAUAAUCUCAUCUGUUUGUUUAUUUAUUAUUUAGCUGUGGGUUUACAGAAUGGCUGAGCCAAACACGGAUUGAUUAAACAAUUAAAGCACAA